AUGCACAGAUUUGAAAAGCGCGAGCUAACACGAGACUUUGACAUACGCUGGGUGCGUUGCAAUUGUACGCCCAUCGAUUUGGAGCGGAUUGCGAUCUUCACUUGCGGAAUCGAAGAGAUACCGAAGCGACAGGGAAACUUUCUCAACUCGCUGCUGGUGCUGGAGAACGAUUUGCACCGCUUCCUGGUCGAGGUAACUGUGGAGCUUCCAUUGCAACAGCGCCACCAGCGACAGCAAUUAUUCAAGGGGCGCAUCAAUGGCUGCCAACUCAUGGGAUAUCAGAGCAAGAGUCGGGUGCUAAAUGCGGUACUCAAGAAGCUCGUGCAAUCGGGAAACUAUCCCAAACAGUGCCCCCUGCUAGCGCACGUCAAUUAUACAUCGACCCACUUCACACUCAAUCCCGAUCACUUUCCACCGUACACGCCGGACAUGAAGUUUAUCACAAAAUUGGAAUUCUACGCAGACAAAAAUAUCCCCAGGGCCAUGUUCAAGGUGCUUGUCGAGGCGGAGGUGCUGCGUCGAUCGCCCCGACCAUGACGCAUUCGGAAGCAAUGU